GUGACACCUGUUGUGAAAAUGAAAAUGUCCGAUUGAACAAGCACCUGUUCCGAUCUAAACUUCGGGAUGUUUACAGUAAGAUGACGGCUCCCAACGUCGUGGAGCAAAUUGAAGACACAUUUCUAUCGUGUUCAAUAUGUCUCCAAUGUUACAAUCAACCAAAGGCUUUGCCAUGUUUACACACAUUCUGUGAAGGUUGUAUCGAAGACUACAUAAAGAAAUUCACAGGGAACGGUAACCAGGGAAGCGUCCAGUUUCCAUGUCCCAUAUGUCGUCUGGAAAUAACCCUUCCAGAAGGUGGAGUGUCUGCAUUUCCCUAUAACCAUCUUAUAACCAGUCUGAAAGACACUAUAUUAUCAUCAUCUCAAAGCCAAAACCAAUCUGGAUCGAAGGGUGACCGACCCGACUUUCCGCUCACAGAUAGACCCACCUCUAAAAAGAGUUCAUUGACGUUUUCACAGAGAUUUGGACAGUUUGAUAGUGGACCCGAAGGAUUUGUAAACAUUUCUGGCCUUGCUGUUUGCCCCAAAACAGGAAGGAUAAUUAUUGCUGACUGUAGUAAAAACACAAUUACCAUAUAUAUCCCAGACGGGGAUACUAAAAAUGUGUCUUUCAAAUGUGACUGUUCUAUCAGAGAUGUGGCUGUAACUAAGGCUGGAUCAAUCUUAGUUACAGUCAGUCGGUCAGGAAAUGCUAUAUUGCGUGAAUAUACAACAGAUGGUCGCCUGAUUGCACAAUAUGGUGAUGUGUAUAAAAGUGAAAACCCUUUUGGAAUAGCGAUAAGUAAACGUGAACGUAUAAUUGUUAGUAGUCUUCAAAGGAACAGAAUUCAUAUCUUCACAGACAGAAAGAAACAUGCAUUUUCAUUUGGAACUGGGGGAGAAAACUUAGAACAAUUUCUUUUUCCAUAUUACAUUACAACAAAUAGUAAAAAUGACAUCAUUGUAUCUGACAGCGGAAACCACAGAAUCAAAAUACACAAAACCGAUGGCAGUAUACGAUGUAUGUUUGGAUCUCAAGGGUCCGCUUUAGGUUCUUUAUUUUAUCCAAUGGGCAUUUGUGUUGAUGAUUACGAUAACAUUUUUGUUGCAGACGCGAACAAUUACAGAGUACAGUUAUUCUCACCAAAAGGUGAAUUCCUGGCAUGUCCAGUUCAAAACACAUUCCAGCUGGGAAUAGAUGUCAAGCCUGUCUGUGUGGCAUACACAAAAAACCAGUUAAUAGUAUCUCUCCGAGGAACAAGAUUUUCAGAAAUUCAGAUUUACGACUGUGAUACUGCAAAAUUCAAAACAAGGCCAAAGGCUUGCUGUAGUUGUUGUUUCUUCAGAGUAGGGCAUACUGAUGAGCCAUUGGAAGCAUGGUCUUAAUCAAAAUGAAUUUAGCUCUUUAAAGAAGCCAAAAUAUGUAUUACUGUAGUAUCAAUCAUAUCUGUAAUAACUUUCACCUUAGACAAUAGAUUUAAAAAUUAAAGUUUAAAGAUUUAUUUUGGAAUUAUUUAUAGUUUUUACAAGGAUAAAUGAUAAAAAAAAUCUUAAUUUAAUUUUUAUAAAUUAACUACUAGGGUGGUUUUUAACGACCUUGACUGGCUGUCCUUGCACGGUCAGAAUUUUUAUAAGGAAACUUUAAUAUGAUUUAAAACAUUCUAGAAAUAUUUGUUGACUGUUUUGGAAAGUAACCAGUAAUUAAGGAAAACCAAUGAUGUCAAAUACCAAUCUUAUACUGAUCAUGUGACCAGACAAAGAUCUAACAACACACUGUUUUACUUUUGUUUUAUAGCCCUUUCUGUUUUGUCGUAGUAAUAUGUAUAUACAAAAUUUGUGGGCAGAAAUUUCAUUGGCUGAUGUUUAUGAAAUGAUUUCCAGAACAGUAAGUAGAAGGAGUCUUGUCAGAUCCUUGUAAGCAUGGACACAGGAUCUGUAUUUAAUCAGAUUGGUCAAAUACCAAUAUGCACUCUAUUGUUUAUUUUUCCUGGUAGAAUUGGUUUACAGCACAUUCUAUUCCCGGGACUUAUCACAAGUGCCAUUUUUCUACGCUUAAGGGAUUUUGAAAUUUCUUUUAAUUUCUGUGUCAUUCUGUGUAACCAUAAAUAUAUUGGUUAUGAGUUCUUGAGCAUGGCUAUCAAACCAAACCAGACUGCAUCAGUUAAUUGUUUCUCUAUGUUAAUUUUAGAAUUUGGCCAGACUGCAUCAGUUAAUUGUAUCUCUAUGUUAAUUUCCACAUAACUUUAUUUCUGAGGAUAUAUAUCUUUAUAUCCCAAAAGUACUGGUACUAAUAACAGACUCAUCAAUGAAGAAGUAAAACAAAAUCUUUUACCAAUUUCAAGUGCGAAAGUCUCCAUAAGCUGAUGACCGCCAGUAUUAAAAUGCAAGUGUUUACUGAAGCAGCUUAAUUAGAUUUAGACAGCCAUACUCCUAAUUUCAUACUGCUAUAUUUUUUUUUAAAUUGCUUGGUUGAAAAUGUUUUACUGAUUACUGUUUGAUAGUGCUUACCUUGUGUAUUGAUACAUUUGUAUGACUUUUUACUAGAAAAAGUUUAUAUACUUAAACUUCUUCAUACAUGUUUGAAGAACUUGUUCAUAAAGCUUGUAAAAACUGACCUGUUCACAUGCCUCUUGUUAACUUGUGUCAUGACCUUGUAAAUUAUAUAGUAAAUAGUUCUAUAUGCAGCUUUUUAGAAAUAAAAUAAAGUUAUGAUAUGAUAUUUAUGAAUUAAACUGUUAGAUGGACCAUAAAAACAGAAUCAUGUAUUAAAUGUCUCUUAUAAGGCUUGUAAUUUACUGAAAUAUUGAAAAGAUUCCUUAAAACUAAAAGUUUGGCAUUUCAUUGGUACUUUGUAACUUAAAUUAUAUCUAAAGCUUCUACAAAAUAAAUUGUUGAUAUUAGUACAUUGUAUAUAUAUCAAGACAGCUUCUAAAAAGCUCAGCUUAAAAGUGUUCAUUAUUUGUGAUACUAAAUGUGGAUAUCUGUUCAGUCUGUGAUAAUUAAUUGAAUGUAUAUAUAUAUAUAUAUUUAUGUAUAUAAGUCCAUGUUCAAUGUAGUAUAUGUGUUAUUUUGUGAGAACUUUUACAUUCGGUUAGAUACACAUAAAUGUAUGUUAACACUGUUGAAUAAGUUGAAUAAUGUAAAAGAGUUAUUGGAGUAUUCUGUUAUUACUAUGUACUGUGGAUUCAUUCUUAUUCGUGGGUUAUAAACUUUUUUGUGAAUUUUGUAGGUAUAGGUACAUAUUUGUAUAUGAAGAAAUAAUUCAUGGGGGCUUGAAAUUAUACUGAUUUUACCACAGGUUGGCCCUUUAUGCUAAAUAUUUCACCACGAGUUAAAGCGGGGUAAAAUGUCGGCAUAAAGGGCAAACCCAGUGUAAAAUCAGUAUAAUUCAAGCCCUUGAUUUAUUUCUAUUCUAAUAGGACAAAUACGGUAAAUCUGUUAGAAAGAAGCGUUCUAGGUGAAAGCAAAUAUUUGCUGUUACAGUAAUUAAACAACACUAUAAUAUUGAAGUAAAAGACAAAGAAAACUGAAUCAGUGACAUGGUUAAAGACAGUUUGUGAUGAAAUUAAAUGAUUAUCUUACUUUUUUUAAAAGAAAAUUGGCUUUCAACAAAUUUUUAUCAUCAUUUGUUUAUGUGCCCGUGUUUUGAUGAAAUUCAGUUUUACAUUCCUCCGUUUUCCUGUAGAAUGCUUGUAUUUUUUUUUUAUGUCAUCGUUCAAUGACAUCAUUUACAGGGACUGACCUGGGAUUAAUCAUUCUUAAAAAGCAUACAUCUUUGGAUGAUGAUGGGAACAGCCCAAACAAAUAAUGACGUUGUCGAUCAGCUGACAUACAAUAUAUUCAUAUUUUACCACGGGUGUACUAAAAGUGUUAGAAGAAUGUCAUAUCAGAAUCACAAAUUUAAACAUGUUAUAUGUUCAAUAAACUACAAAUAUUCUAUAGGCUUUUAUUAAUAUUUUGGCAAAUCCUCGAAUUCAAAUAUCCACAAAUUUACAAUAUACAUUGUAUGUUUCAUCAAUCCACAAUAAUUGGGAAUCCAUGAAAAUAAAUGAAUCUACAGUAUUGUGUUUUUUCCUUGUUGCUUUUUAUUGUAAAAGGAAAGACAUUGAGAACAUUCUUAUGCAAUAUUAUGUAUGUCUAUAUUAUUGUUUUUUUUUAAUUGUCCCUUUUCAUCUCUGUGAUACAUUGUACAAUGUUUAUAAAUUAUAUUGAGUCCAUAUUGAGGAAAGGAAAUAUCAAUUUUUUUGGGGGGCUUAUCUUUCAUUUUUCAUGGUGAACUUUGAAAAAAAAAACUCUAUGACAUCUGUGAAAUUGUACAUUUCAGCGGAAAAAGAACAUUGAUUUUGUUUGUUCUUUUAAUUUUCUCCGAAGUCAUAAUCAGUUAAAUAAAAACUGAGAGAUAUGAGUUUAUAUUGAGUAUUAUUGUUUGUAUAGUUAACCGAAAAAGCAUUGUAUGAUCUAACCAAAGCUUCCUGCUCUGUUUUAAUAAUAAAAAAAGAAUCAUUGUUUAUAGGUCAAUAAUAAGACAGCAACUCAUCAAUACAAUCAAGGCAAAACAAAAGAAAUUCAAUCUUCCUGAUGUCAACAUGUGGUCUUCAGUGAUGGUUUUUGACAAAGUCUUGCUAGACCAGCCCAUAAUCAUCAUAAUGAUCAUUCCAUACAAUACAAGUUGAAAUAAAUAUAGUUUUCUUCAUAAAUAUUAGAAAGUAUAAAUCAUUUUUAACAAAUAAUUGAUAAAGGGGCAUUAUCCAAUGUAUAUAUGAAUGUACUGACAUUAUAUUUCACUUACACAAAGUUGAAAGAACUGUUGGUGCACACACUUUGUUCAAGUUUGCUGUACAUGCUAUGUCCAAGUUUGGUGUACAUGCUAUGUCCAAGUUUGGUGUACAUGCUAUGUCCAAGUUUGUUGUACAUGCUAUGUCCAAGUUUGGUGUACAUGCUAAGUCCAAGUCACUGUUACCUCCAUAUAAUAUCAGACAGAAUUUCUGUUUUACAUCCUUAUGUAUCUUAGGUUUAAUUUGGGUCUCAUAUCUAUCUAAAGAAAUAUCAACACAAGAAAUAUUUCACUCUGAAAUGACUUUAGACAAGAUUAUUUCCAGAAUGAAUCAGGGGCAGAUUGAUUUGAUGUGUAUGUUCUAGGAAUAGUACCCCCACUCCCCAUUUUUUAUGCCCCUGUCUUGAUAGAGGUAAUUUGGUUUUACAUCCCAAAAUUAGUUUCAGUUCUCCAUCUUUAGUUUGCCUUAACCGAAUGUUACCAAACUUAUACACAAUGCUUAUUUUCACUAAACACAGAUCAAGGUUGAAUUUCAGUGGUGUCACUUGCAUCGUUCUUGAGUUAUGUCCCUUUAUAAAUGGAAAAAUUGCCAAAUUUGCUGUUUCCACACUCUUCACUUUAGUUUGCCUCAACCAAAUGUUAUGAAACUUAUACACAAUGUUUAUUACCACCAAACACAGAUCAAGUUUGAAUUUGGGUGGCAUCACUUUUGCCGUUUUUGAGUUAUGUCCCUUUGUAAAUUGAAAAAUUGCACAAUUUGCCGUAUAUUUACAAGCAGUGGCAUCUCUGUAUCAUGGACGCAUUCUUCAUUUACUUGAUUAUCAAAUCUCUCUGUUACAUGUUGUAAAAUUGUUCAAAGUUGCAUAUACAUAUAGAUUCACCAUAUGAGGUUGAAAGGGGGUAUACUGACCUACUGUUCAUGCUCCAGUUUCCUUUUAAAUUGGUAUCUCAUUUACAUAAAUAUUUGAUUGCUGAACUUGUGACUUUGGGUUACAGUUGAGAAUCAAGGUAAAAGUAGACCAGUAAUGCUUUACUUACCUGGUUCAAGAUUUUAUUGCAGUACUAUAAGAAUAAGAUCCAUUUUAAAUGGCACCUUUGACCAUAUAAAGAUAGUUCAGUUAACAUUCUUUUCAUCUUUCAUGAACUACAGACAAAACUGCUUUUAAAACAUGUUAAAAUUAAUUUGCAAAUAGUAAGUAAUCUUAAAUGGAAAUGGUUUCUAGUAGAUCAUAUUGGUUUAUUGAAUAACAAUCAUUGCUUAUUGAUGCAUCAGUGCAAAAGGCUGUACUUGUAUAUAUACAACAAGAGCUCUAACUUAUGUUUAAGCAAAUGAGUUAAUUUUUAAACCAAAACCAGAAGAAAGUCUUAUCAUCAGUUAAAUCGGCUGUUCAGGACAAUUUCUAAAAUUAAAAGCUAAAACAAUAAAAAAUAUUUCACAGACAUUAUAUUUUAGUCUAAUAAAAAUUUGUAGAUACAUUUAUCAUACAGACCUAUUUUGGAAAACAUUCCAAUAUCAUUUACAUGUAAUUCUUUAUUUUGAUAGAAGAAGUAAGUUUUCUUGAUCUUUGUAGCCUGAUAGAUUAGUGAUUGGGCUAAGUUUGCAUUGUUACCGUAUCACAAUUUGUUCAUAACCCUUUUUCUUCUCUUAAUAUAGUAAAAUUAUAACCAACCUUCAGUUGAUGGGACCAUAUGCACUGAAUAUCGUACCUUUUUGUUUUUUAUGUUCAAACUUUUGUUAAUCCUAAUAAAAUUAUUAUAUUUAAAUGUUUACUCCCAUUUAUAAGAGGCAUUCCAUCAGAUGUUCCAGUUGUAUGAAGAAAUUAUUAAAUUGAACCAAAAAUUUUUUCUUUUUCUGACAAAAUUGCUGUUAGUUAAAAUAUAUCCAUAAGUAAAAAGAAUUUCUCCACAAUGAGCGUCAUCUGUAACAAUGUAAAUCAAAUAGAAAUACUAUAAUAUAAAAAAAAAAAUUGUUAAAAAGUAUUGCAAUUUUUUUAUUUUACUAGUACAUCGUUUUAUGUACUUUUUGUUCACUGUUCACACACUGUUCAAGUAUUACAGAAUACACAAUUUCUUGUUGUUAUUAUGGAAGAUUACUUGUAGUUUUCGUUAUUAAAAUAUAAUGCUUGUUUUUAUAGAAAAUUUGAAUCUCAUACAAUUUAUAGUUAUACAGUUGUCCUGAAUAUUCUUCUAGAUUCUGAUUAAAUAUUUUCAGCCACCACUGUUUUUCAUACCUUGAAUUGUUUAAUAAAAUAUCAGUUAGAGGCAUAAGCAAUCUAGGGGCUAGUCCAAAUAAUUAUGUCAUAUUGAAAGGCUAAAGCAAAAAAAUAAAAUAGCCUUUCAAGACGCCAUAAGUAUUUGGACUAUUUAGGUAUAACAAAGAAUAUUCAUUAAUUACAAAUAUGAUUCAUCAUUCACAACUGGGAACGAGAAAAACAAUUCAUUGCUGGUAACAAAUAAUUCAUUUUUUGUACCAGAAAAUUAUUAAAUGAAAUUUAUGAAAACACAUCACAAGGUAGGAUUUUAUUUGUAUGGCCUUAAAUCUUGAAUACAGUAUUUAAAACUUGACAAAAUAUAUUUUAUCUGUUGUAUAUAUCUCUUACAUUAGUAAUCAGAGAGUGGUAAGAGUUAAAUCUUUUUGGUUUUUGUUUUAGAUCUUUUUUUUUGUGAGAAGCUUUUAUAGUUUUUACAUUUCUCUUGCCGCUGUUUAUUUUUUGCUACAAGCAGCAUUAGUAUUUUUUUUCUCAGUUUUCUGAUACUUAGUGAAAGGUUUAUUAAGUGAGAUUAGUAUUAUGGAAGUUAUAAUAUAAAUUAAAUGCAUUAUAUAUUUUCAACUUGCCGUCCUAAAUAACUAAUUUGAGCAAAAUAUUUAAUAGUAUUUAUUUUUGUUUGAUUUAUCUCCCUUAGUUCAUUUUGUUAAUUUGUACAUUUGUUAAAAUCUGCUGGGUGACAAUAUGAAAAUAUAAUAAAUAUCUUAUCAUU